GCGCAGUGCAAAUCGGAGAAUCGGCGGAUCUCACACGUGCCUGAGGAAGAGACGCGUUGGGAUGUACGUCGGCGAGUCCAUGUGAGAUCGUUUACUAUUUUCUUCAUUUCUUGCAAAAUGUUUUAACAACAGGAUUGAGGAAUGAUACUUACGAAGUGUGCCAUGGCGGAACAGUUGAUUCGUAGAGGUGCCUUAUCGGCAGUGGUAUUCGCACGCAGCUCAAGAGUUCUUGGUGCAAGUUACGUUCAACCAUGCAGAGGCAAGAAAAGUGAUAGCAAUACAAAUCUGCCAGAUUCCUUGUUCCAUCCUGUACCUGUCAAACCGAAUCCGGAUGAUAUAAAUGUCGGUGCUGAAUUAACUGGCAACUCUACAUUAAACAAAACGGAACUCUUAAAGAUAUUGAAUGCUUUCUGUCAAAAAACGGAGAUUAAGAAACUAGCUGAACAACAUGGACUAGAUAACAAUCUUCAGGGACAAGCUUUCACAAAUUUUAAACAAUACUGUUUGAAAACAGAACCAUUACCUGUAGAUCUUUAUGUAAUAUUAAGUGAUAUCCUACAAGGUGCUGGAAAUGUCACUGAUAUUUUUCCAUACUUUAUAAACCAUGCCAAGCAAAUAUUCCCACAUAUUGACUGCUUGGAUGAUCUCAAAAAAAUUAGCGAUUUACGAAGUCCUGCUACUUGGUAUCCUUUAGCAAGAGCAAAAAAUAGAAAAAUAAUUUUUCACGCUGGACCAACAAAUAGUGGAAAGACAUACCAUGCUUUAGAAAGAUUUAUUACUGCAAAGAGUGGAGUGUACUGUGCACCACUUAAGUUAUUAGUGGCAGAAGUUUUUCAUAAAUGCAAUGAAAGGGGAACACCAUGUGAUUUAUUAACUGGAGAGGAAAGGAAAUUUGUCAAAGACCAUAAUAGUCCAGCGGAUCAUUUAUCAUGUUCUGUAGAGAUGGUGAAUAUACAAAAUAAUUAUGAAGUAGCUAUAAUUGAUGAAAUUCAAUUAAUGCGAGAUCAAAGUAGAGGUUGGGCAUGGACGAGAGCACUUCUGGGAAUUCCCGCGGAUGAGAUACAUUUAUGUGGUGAAGCUGCUGCUAUAGAAUUGGUAAAAGCUAUAUGUGUUUCAACGGGAGAGAAUGUGGAAGUUCGCAGAUAUAAACGAUUAACAGAACUGGAGGUAGAGGAUCGCGCAGUCGAAUCCUUAAAUAAUGUUAUGCCUGGAGAUUGUAUAGUCUGCUUUAACAAAAAUGAUAUAUAUACCGUGUCGCGUUCUCUCGAGAGCAGGGGAAAAGAAGUGGCUGUAAUAUAUGGUAGCUUACCUCCAGGUACCAAGCUAGCGCAAGCUGCGAAAUUUAACGACCCUAAAAAUUCUUGUAAAAUCUUAGUAGCGACCAAUGCCAUUGGAAUGGGUUUGAAUCUACAUAUUCGAAGAAUUAUAUUUUAUUCAUUGAUUCAGCCAUCAUUUAAUGAAAAAGGAGAAAAGGAAAUGGACGUUUUGUCUGUGUCAGCAGCUCUACAAAUAGCAGGUCGCGCUGGACGUUACGGCACAGUUUGGAGCACAGGAUAUGUAACAACAUUUAAGCGAGAAGAUCUAUUGACUUUGAAAAAUUUAUUGCAACAAGCUCCAGAGACAAUAAUACAAGCUGGUCUUCAUCCAACAGCGGAUCAGAUUGAGUUAUACGCUUAUCAUUUGCCAAACGCAUCGUUAUCAAAUCUUAUGGAUAUUUUUGUAUCGUUGUGUACAGUCGACGAUUCUCUUUAUUUCAUGUGUAACAUAGACGAUUUUAAAUUCCUAGCCGACAUGAUACAACAUGUUCCACUACCACUUCGUGCAAGAUAUGUGUUCUGUUGCGCACCAAUUAAUAGGAAAUUGCCAUAUGUCUGUACCAUGUUUUUGAAGUUUGCACGUCAGUACAGUAAAAAUGAUGCAAUAACAUUCAAUUGGUUAUGUCAACAUAUUGGAUGGCCUUUUCAACCACCAAGAACUAUUCUUGAUCUGGCCCAUUUGGAAGGUGUUUUUGAUGUCUUGGAUCUUUAUUUAUGGUUAAGUUACCGCUUCCUGGAUCUCUUUCCGGAUGCUGAAAUGGUUCGUUAUAUACAAAAAGAACUUGAUGCGCUCAUUGAGGCAGGAAUAAUUAAAUUAACUACUUUGUUACUAAAUUCGGGUGCAGGUGGUGAGACCGACAGUUUUGAAUCGCAAACGCAAAGGCAAAACUUUUAUAGAGAUUAUAAAGGAUCUGGCAAACGUAUAGGUAAAGGUAAAUUGACUGAGAGAUUAAUAGCAGAAGGCCUCCUAACACCACAAAUGUUACGUGAAUUGCAAUCCGAAUGGAUUAGGUCUACAAAAAACAAAAAAUAAUGUAACCGUAUGUAGCAUUAAAACAUUAAAAUUUAUUAAAAGAUAUUCUAUUGUGAUUGUAACAAAUGUAAUUAUGGAUUAAAGAAAAAAAGUUGAAUUAACAUAAUUUGAAUAAUGAUACAAUUAUAACACUUUUUUGUGUAUAUUGUAUAAAUAAUAAUACGAUAAUUUUAUAAAAGAAUCAUGUCAAUUUUUAAAUAUUAUUUUAAUAUUAAAUAUAUUAUUUAUAUAAUGUAGAUUUGUUGUUUACAUAGAUUAAAUAUUUUUU